AUGAGUGUAGUGAUUAGUUUGGUAGAUGCACAAGUGCUUCCAAGUUGUGGUAAUCAAGUAUUACCGUGCAUUGCGUACGUUAACUCAAGUAACCCACCAGACAUAUGCUGCGAUCCGAUUAAGGAUCUAUACGAAACACAAAAAACAUGUUUCUGUCAAAUUGUUUUAACUCCUGGCUUGUUUGAAACUUUUGGGUUUAAAAUUUCUCAGGUUUUUCGAGUUAUACACUUGUGUGGUGUCAAAUUCGAUACCACAUGCAAAGCAUCAUCUCCAACUCUUCCUCUGUUGUCGGCGCAACCCCCAGCAACUCGAGGCGAUGAAGGAGGAGCAAACAACAUUGCUUUAACUAGAGCUGGCUAUAUAUUGUUUAUUUGGGCAUUUGUGUUGUUUCAUUAA